AUGCGCUACACAACCAUCACACUCCUUGCCAUUGGCCUCCUCACAGGCAAUGCUUUGACAGCACCAGCCCCUCAGGCCGGCGGAGCUGUAGGCGCCUUCGGCGGCGGCGGACAGGACGGCGGAAACAACCAGGGUAACCAAAACGCUCAAGGCAACCAAGGAAACCAAGGAAACCAGGGAAACCAGAACAACCAGGGGAACCAAGGAAAUCAGAACCAGGGAAAUCAGGGUAACCAAGGAAACCAGGGAAACCAGGGAAACCAGAACAACCAGGGAAACCAAGGAAACCAGAACCAGGGAGAUCAGAACAACAACAAUGGAAACAACGGCAACAACGGCAACAACAACGGUAACAACGGUAAUAACAACAAUGGCAACAAUGAAAACAACGGCAAUAACAACGGCAACAACGGCAACAACGGUAAUAACAACAAUGGCAAUAAUGGCAACAACGGAGGCCAAGGGGGUGACGCGAACGCGGCAGCCGAAUUCGAGGGUCUGGCUUGCACCGACGGGACCGGAGCCGGAUCCUGCCAGGCAGACGGCCAGUGCGAUGUCAACGGCAACGUUGCGGUUGUCGAGGGCCAGUGCGGUCAGUAA